AUGGCCGUACUCGUGGGCGAAUUUGUCUACCUCUUUGACGAGAUCAAGGCUGGAAGAGAAAUGAGAUGCCCCCGCGCAGACGGGGACGAGCUCAGGCGUACAGAACGGGAUUGGCCCCGGUAUUCCAACAGCUUGGGCACCGGUCAGUUGGUUCCAAUGGAGCUCUCCUAUACGUCUCCUCUCGACGGCCCCGAGGCACAUGGAGCUAGGCGCCUGGGGCGUGACGAACAUGCAUCCCGCCCCUCAGUGGCCACUCGCAUGUCGCGCAGCGGACCCCGACUAUUCCCUUUGAGGUCGCUGGGCGCUUGCGCUCCCAACUCCCAAUCGGCGACCAUCAAAAAACCAGGACCCGGUACAGAAUAG